AAUCUUUUUGAUGUGUAUCAUACAGGAUACCAAGAGCAGAUGUCACACUGGCCUGAGCAGCCAGUGAAUGUAAUAAUCAAUUGGUUGAAGAGUCACAAUGAAUCAUGGGCUGUUGCUGAUUUUGGCUGUGGCAAUGCAGCAGUUGCAAAAAUGUGGAGAACGAGGUUUUCUCCAUUGAUCUUGUUUCAGAUGAUCCUUCAGUGAUUGCUUGUGAUAUGGCUCAUACUCCAUUGGAGCCAUCCUCUAUUGAUGUUGCAAUAUUUUGGCUUUCUUUGAUGGAAUUAACUAUCCAAGUUACUUAGAGGAAGCAAAUAGGGUUCUCAAGCCAAGUGGUUGGCUUGUUAUUGCUGAAGUGCGAAGUAGGCUCGACCCGAACAAUGGAGGAUGUGAAAAAUAAAAUGUUCACUCUGUUCUACUUCAGGAAAAAGGUUAGUUUCACUUGUUGCUACCUUAACUACCUAGAUCACUUGGCCUUCAUGCUGAGUUCAGUGGCUUACCAUGCCCCAGCAGGAAAAAAGUAAGGUGGCAAAGAGCAUCGAUUGGCCCCAGUUGAAACUAUGCUUGUACAAACGGCGAUGAGCUGAUUGUCUCAUACCCACUAGUAAUACUGCGGGUAGAGCUGUUUAAAAGUUUCGUCAAGCUGAAGUGUCUUGUCUAGAUUGCGUCCCUAUAUGGCCAUAUCUGUAUGCCAGGCUAUUCCAUUCUUUUCCACAUUUGCUGCGUUUUUCGUAUAUUGGACCUCACAAGAAAAGAUCAGCUAGGGGACGAUACGUUGUAUAGAAGCACAUCAUAUAUAAUUCAAUUCAAUGUUUCACAUGCUGCAAAUUUUGCAUAUGGUCCACCGAACGAACAUCUGGACUGUUUAAAUUUUUCAAUCUGGAAUUCUGAAUCAGCUUGAAAGAAAAGAUGUGCUUCAGAGUUCCUAGGAUCCAGUUCAAAUUCGGACUAGAUCCCUGGGAUUCGACUUGAACAGCAAUCCAGCUUUUCUAAUUUCUAGGACAGAUGAGGCCAGUGUCCAAACUUUCUUCCCUAUAUGUACAAGUACAGUUAAUUGAGGUGAUUGCUGUAGAGCAGCUGCUGGAGACUGGGAAGGAAAAUGGUCAGUGCUCCGUGCGAGUGACCGUCGCUGCCAACUUUGUUAAUUUGUGGCUGGAGACUAGGCGGCCACCGCCGCGCUACGCUAGGUGCCCAGGCCUCCAUCUUUGGGACCUUCGCUGGUGACAAGCACCCACCAGAGUAGAUGCUGCCAAAUACACAGGACCUUCUAGCACGCAGCCAUUUCCUGUGAGGUUUUCUUAACGUGUACAAAGCUAUUGUGUGUUCGACAAAUUCUACUUUUGGAUAGUAUUUCAUCGUUGCUAUAAAGGACCCAAAACAGAUAGCCACCAUCAAGGAUGGAAUCUGGUACCGCGUUCUAUGGAGGGGAAAGUCUCUCCAUCGAUCCCAAGUGGCUUAUCGAUCCGAAGCUUCUCUUUGUUGGGCCACGCAUCGGCGAGGGCGCACAUGCAAAGGUCUAUGAGGGGAAGUAUAAAAACCAAAAUGUUGCUAUCAAGAUUGUGCACAAAGGGGACACCCCUGAGGAGAUGACCAAGAAGGAGGGGAGAUUCUUGAGAGAGGUGACCAUACUGUCAAGGGUUCAGCACAAGAACCUCGUCAAGUUUAUCGGGGCCUGCCUAGAACCUGUCAUGGUGGUGGUGACAGAGCUACUAGUGGGGGGCUCAUUGCGCAAGUAUUUGGUCAGUCUCCGACCUAGGAGCCUUGAGCCUCGUGUAGCAGUGGGGUUUGCAUUGGACAUUGCCCAAGCUAUGGAAUGCUUGCAUGCACAUGGGAUCAUUCAUCGUGAUCUUAAGCCUCAGAAUUUGUUGCUGACUGCAGACCAGAGAACAGUAAAACUUGUUGAUCUUGGUUUAGCUAGAGAAGAGACAUUAACAGAGAUGAUGACUGCUGAGACAGGAACAUAUCGUUGGAUGGCUCCAGAGUUGUACAGCACAGUAACAUUGAGGCAUGGAGAAAAGAAGCAUUACAACCACAAAGUAGAUAUCUACAGCUUUGCAAUUGUGCUGUGGGAACUCCUCCACAAUAAACUGCCCUUUGAGGGAAUGUCUAAUCUUCAAGCUGCGUACGCUGCUGCUUUCAAGAAUAUCAGACCAAGUGCUGAUAACUUGCCUGAGGAGUUGUCAGAAAUCCUAACGUCCUGCUGGAAGGAAGACCCAAACGACAGACCAAACUUCACACAGAUAGUGCAAAUGCUCCUACAUUACCUAUCCACCCUUUCUCCACAAGAAACCUUGGCCCCUCACCGCACAUUCAGUUCGGAGAACACAACCCUUUCUCCAGGAUCUCCUGGGAUGAGCUCGCCAAUGGCUUCUCGGGGCGACCUAGGCGACACGCCAAAGGGCAAGAUGGAAGACAAGCCAAGGGGCUUCUUUUUCUGCUUCAGUGAGUGCUAUUAGCACAACCCCAAAGGGAACUCUGAGAAGUUGCAAAUACUGAAUGAACAUCGUCCCCUGAUGCCCAGUCGAUCAAGUCUCGGCAUCCAUAGCCCAUACCCUGAAGAAUGGAAGUGUAGUCGAACUGUUGUUUCUGCUAAUCAGGUCUCCUGCAUCGCUGACAUGUUGGCAUAUCAGCAGGGUAAAACGGGUAACCUUUUGACUUCAGAUAGUAAUGAUGGAAAUAGCUUAUCCCUGUAUUUUCGGCGCACCAUAUGGUAUAAUGGAGUUACUAGAGCGCGACUAUAAAAUGCCGUAUAUAGAAAUAAAUCAAUAAUUCACAUUUAUCGGUUUGUCUGCUGCAAAGGAUACUGGAAGCUGUCAGUUCU